UGAAUGCAUGUGCUGAGUGCUGUCAUAUUUCUAAUAAAUCACUAGCGGUGUUUUUCAUGCCCAAUUUUUCAGGCUGGUUACGAGGAUUUGAAAACAGAAAAUUUGUCGGAAUCCAUGAAUAUAUACUAACUACGUGUUGAUGGCUACAUGGCUUUCAUAGAUUAUGAAAAGGCAUUUGAUUCAGUAGAGAUACCAGCAGUCAUAGAGGCAUUGCAUAAUCAAGGAGUACAGGAGGCAUACGUGAAUAUCUUAGCAAACAUCUACAAGGAUUGCACAACAACCUUGGUUCUCCACAAGAAAAGUAGGAAGUUACCUAUCAAGAAAGGGGUCAGGCAAGGAGACACAAUCUCUCCAAUGCUAUUCACUGCAUGCUUAGAAGUAUAUUCAAGCUCUUAGACUGGGAAGGCUUAGGAUUGAAAAUCAACGGCGAAUAUCUCAGCAACCUUCGGUUUGCAGAUGACAUUGUCCUAUUCAGCAACAAUGGGGACGAAUUACAACGAAUGAUUGAGGACCUUAACCGAGAAAGUGUAAGAGUGGGGUUGAAGAUUAAUAUGCAGAACACAAAGAUAAUGUUCAGUAGCCUGGCAAGGGAACAAGAAUUCAGGAGCGCCAGUCAGCCUCUAGAGUCUGCAAAGGAGUACGUUUAUCUAGGUCAAUUACUCACAGGGGACCCUGAUCACGAGAAAGAAAUUUACAGAAGAAUAAAAUCGGGUUGGAAUGCAUACGGCAGGCAUUACCAAAUCCUGACUGGGAGCUUACCACUGUCGUUGAAAAGAAAAGUGUACAAUCAUUGCAUUCUACCGGUGCUAACAUAUGGGGCAGAAACUUGGAGGUUAGCAAAGAAGCUCGAGAACAAGUUAAGGACCGCACAAAGAGCGAUGGAACGAAAAAUCUUUGGACUUACGUUAAGAGACAGGAAGAGAGCAGUGUGGAUCAGAGAACAAACGGGGAUAGCCGAUAUUCUAGUUGACAUUAAGCGGAAGAAAUGGAGCUGGGCAGGCCAUGUAAUGCGUAGGAUGGAUAACCGGUGGACCAUUAUGGUUACAGAAUGGAUACCAAGAGAAGGGAAGCGCAGUCGAGGUCGGCAGAAAACCAGAUGGGAUGAUGAAGUUAGGAAAUUUGCAGACGCAAGUUGGAAUAUGCUAGCGCAAGACAGGGGUAAUUCGAGAUCGCAGGGAGAGGCCUUCGUCCUGCAGUGGACAUAAAAUAUAGGCUGAUGAUGAUGAUGACAUGUUGAUCUAUUCAACAAUUCUGCUGUGCUUAUUCUAGAGAAUCAGUGCAACAGCUCUACGUUGUGGAGGUUGAGCUAAAACACUUAUGCUGAAUGUUUACUGUAAAUAAUGUCGCUCAACUGUCGUUGCCGUGCACGAGCUUAAGAAUAAAACAAACAAGUUUUGGUUGUACUGUAGAUGAGCUCUAGCUAUAUUACCGACAUGUUUUUUCUUCAUCUUGAUGUUUCCUUUAGUUCCAUAUGCCAACAAACGCUAUCAACACCCAAAAAUUCUCAAACUCAAAUUUUUGUCCAUUUAUUUAAAGAAAGAAAAGGUAAAUUCUAGGGUGUUUACUUUGGAUAAAGAAGUGCACUGAUGGGUGGUGAUCAGUGAAAAGGAACAAUCACAGAGCUCAAAAGUUCUAGUACUUUUCAUGCGCGGAUCCAGGGGGGAUGUCCGGAUGUCCUGACCCCCCCUCAGAUUUCUGCAUCGCCCCUCGCUGACAGGGUGAUGGCCCUGCUGUUGCAAAAAAUGUGGCUACCAGGAUUCUUCAAAAGUAUUUUCCCAAGUAUACCAGUGGUAGUAGUCAUGUAGAAGUAAAGCUAGAUCACUCACAAACUUAGCUGUUUUCUGUAGGGGUGCGGUGUCGCAAAGUUGCCGUAGUUAUUUUUUCUUAUGAACACAUUGGACCUCCUGGCACUGGCCAUCCGAGCAAGCGAGGGGACUUCCCUUUUGUCAAGCACGCCCAUGUCCACGCGAGCGCCUUCACGCCUGAUUAACUUAGAUCCCCCUCGGGGUGUCAUCGGUUGCCUCUUACCUGGAAAAGACAGGGGUGCGGCGUAGUGCGUUCACGCCAGAGAAAGAAAGCUAACAAAGCGGAGAGGUGUCGACAGCAGCAAUGUGAAUACAGACAACGUGAACACAACCAGCAAUAGCUGGACCGUGCAAAAACGGAGAACUUGUGCGUCGCAGGACCAUGAGUCCGAGGAAGAACGUCACCGUCUGCAGUCGCUCCAGCUGGAGAAACUGCAGGUGAUGCUGAUUUCGUGGCAUCCCCUCCGAAACAGGGCAAUGACAAAUAGUCACCUAGCCUGCUUGAUUUAAUCAGCUUUCCGUGGGUUUGCAGCAGUUCUUGCAGUAUAUUGUGACUGCGUUGAAGGUUUGGCCAGUAGUCAUCCUUCAUAAUGAGCAAGCUGGAAUUUGACAAUGAGUCCAAAUCGCCGAAGGAGUGGUUCACUGAUCUUGCAGUCAACCAACAGCAGACGUUAUCCAAAGAAGAUUUUUCUGCCUUUUUGAGCUCGCUUUUCACCGACUUUGAUGAGCUCCAAACCAGUGAAAAACAACAUGCAGUUACUCUGGUGUUUGAGACAUUUGAUCGUAACCAUGAUGGAAGAAUAGAUUUUUCAGAAUUCGAAACAUUAUGGACACAAUGGGUGAAAGUUGUACUACACCCAAAGUGGGCUUUUAUUGUUGUUGACGUACAGAAUGAUUUCAUCACUGGAAGUCUUUCAGUGAAAAAUCUUGCUGAAAACAGGGACCCUGAAGGCAUUGUGCCCAUUAUUAAUGACCUUGUAGAAAAUGUCCAAUGGAAACUCAUUGUGUAUUCACAAGACUGGCACCCACAAGACCACAUUUCAUUUUACGAAAACAAGGACUGCCGACCUUUCCAUGCCAGUAGCAAAGUGAAUGCUGGAGAUGCCAAGGUCUUUGAUACUGUGAUGUUUUCUGAUGCCAUAUGCUGCACUGGUUGCAUUGAGCAAACCCUGUGGCCAGCACAUUGUAUACGGGAUACCUGGGGGGCAGAACUGCACAAAGACCUCAGAGUGCAUGAUAAUGCGCUGAUAAUCCGCAAGGGCAUAAGCCCAGAUGUGGACAGCUACUCUGCAUUCUGGGAUAACGACAAACGCUCGUGCACAAGUCUUGACGAAGAACUCAAGGCACAUGAAAUCACUGAUGUUGUUAUUUGUGGAAUAGCGUAUGAUGUUUGUGUGGCCUCCACAGCAUCGCACGCUAUACAGUUGGGGUACAGGACUGUUAUUGUUGAUGAUGCUUCAUGUGGCACUUCUGCAGCAGCCACAGAAGCCACAAAGAGCUGCUUAAUUGCACAGCAUUGUAUGCUGUUGAGCAGCUCAGAGGUAAAGCAACUGGUCUCUGGUGGCAUGAGGCCACUUAAGUUAGGUAUUCAGCUUGCAAAGGCCAUGACAGCCAAAAGCAAGUGAUAAAGUUGUUUCCUCCUCCUCUAAAUCUUUCAUUCAGUGUAGCGACGAAAAUGUGAGUCUAUCACAGAACUGUAAUGGCCACUGUUUUCAGAGCAUUUAAGCUCCUGUGUGUUAGGCAGCAAGAUUAAAGCCCAGUUUUGCAGUGGGCCAGUGCCACUGAGCACAGCACCAGUAUAUAGAACCCAGCAAACUCAGUUAACAGGUGUGGCCUUUGCACUUCUGCAAAAGACUAUCGUUUCAGCCUUAUCUGACAAUGUCUGCUUGGAACUUGCGUUGAUAAUGCAGUUGCUUUUUAUGUGGGAAUAUUGCAUUACCUGUGAAGUAAUCAAAUGUUUUAUUAAAUGUGUGCCAUGUGAACAAGUAGAUGCUUUACGUACAAGCAGCGAUAUAUUCUUAUCUGUUGUUUUUAGUUUGCCACUGUGCCAGCCUCAUGUUAAGCCCAAAUUUUUUUACAAGUACAAUUUACCUACAUUGCCAUUACUAGCUACCUUUGUGUUGCUAAAAACGAUGCAGCAGCAUGGUUUUGCUCCAAUUUUGAAUGUUGUGUUAGUUCUCAAGAUGAAGCAUAUUGAAGAUUUUGUUCUAGAGUACCUUUGAAAAUGUGAUUAUUUCUCAAACUAUUCCUUUUGUGUUGUUUGACAAGAAAGCACUUGCAUGUCUGGCAAAUACUGUGCUUAGCUUAAGGGUACAAUGAGCCAUGCUUGGCUUUAUAUACAAACAUUCAUGCUAAUGUGAUUAUCUGUACUGAUCUUGUGCUGUCGGUGAUGCCACCUUUAGUGACUCAGAUAAUUUUUAUAUGCAUUUUUAUCUCUUGUAGAAAGAAUUGACGUCAAUUAUGCCAGUACUUUAGAGGAGAAAAACAAAAACAAAAAAAAAAAAACAGCCAAGUGUAUAAAAUCAUUGCAAGUAACUGAUUUUUUCCAGAAUACAUUUUGUAUCUAGGUACUUCAAGUAUGAUGAAACUUUUUUUCUUAAUCAGCUUAAUAGCACGUUAUACCACACCAGACAUUUUCCUUUUGUUUACUUUUAAAGCAACAUAUUUGAACACCCUUUGCACUUGGUGUUAAAACUAUAGUUGAUCAUUCUAAACUGCAAGCUAGGGGAGCCAACCGACUGCAUUCCUUUGUAAACAUCAGUACUCCUAUUUUUAUUAUGCUUGCAACAGGUAACAGCCUGGAUAAGAUAGAAAACCAAGCUUGUUGGUGCAUAUUUGCCUGAAUACUUGGAGACAGUGCAAAAAAAAAAAAGGGGGGGGGGGGGGAAGACAAGACUUGACAACAGGAGUGCAGACCAACAAGCAUUUAUUUGGAAAGACAUGAAAGGUGAAUAUCAGCAAUAGUAAAUCUUGCUAUGUGCUUUAGUGUUGCAAAAACUUUACACUUUGAAGUACAUUGUCAUGUAGGAAUUAGAAAUAAUUUUUGUUGAUGCCCAAGAAAAUGAAUAAAGGCGUUCGCUCAUUUAUGCAGGUGUUUUUUUUUU